CUCUUUCUCUCCUCUCACUUUUUAAAAAUCCUUUCUGUUCUGUUUCCGGUAUUUCUCUCCCAACAAAAUUCAGAAAAACCACGCGCCUUGUGUGGAGACGGAGGAGAAACGAAAGAUUUCAUAUCUCAUUCCUCUCAACGAAAUUGCAGACGAUUCCCACUGAUUCUUAAACCAGCGGAGAAAAAACGAAGCGCGUCGGAGAUGGCGACGAAGAUUGGGAUGAUGGAUGCGGCGUACUUCGUCGGCAGAUCGGAGAUUCUCGCUUGGAUCAACUCCACUCUCCAACUCAAUCUCUCCAAAGUCGAAGAGGCGUGCUCUGGAGCGGUUCACUGUCAGCUACUGGACGCCGUUCAUCCAGGGAUGGUGCCGAUGCACAAGGUCAAUUUCGAUGCCAAGAGCGAGUAUGAGAUGAUUCAGAACUACAAGGUCCUCCAGGAUGUGUUCAAUAAACUCAAAAUCACCAAGCAUAUUGAAGUAAGCAAGCUCGUGAAAGGGAGGCCACUGGAUAAUCUGGAGUUCAUGCAGUGGCUCAAGCGCUACUGCGAUUCCGUCAAUGGAGGCCUUGUCAGUUACAACCCAAUCGAGAGAAGAGAGGGUAGCAAAGGUGGGAAAGAAGCGGGGAAGAAAGGUCCACCGGCUCAUACUUCGGCUAAGGGCGGCGCUGCGGCUGCUCCCAGACCACAGUCCCACCACGGUGGUGCUCGGAGGAAUGAGUUGUCUUCUUCGGUGAACUCCAGCUCUUCUUCAACCCUAAGCGUCAAGGCUUCCAGACCUCCACCGCCUGCACCAGCAUAUGAAGAACAGAUCACAGAGCUGAAGCUAUCCGUGGAUAGCCUUGAGAAGGAAAGGGAUUACUACUUCGCCAAGUUGAGAGAUGUGGAGCUUUUCUGCCAGAGCCCUGGUCUCGAAGGACUUCCUGUUAUUGCUGCAAUUCAGCAGAUACUGUAUGCUGCAGACAACGACGGGUCCGCGGUGGCAGAGGCUCGGGCUAUGAUCUCCUUGAACUGUCAGCAGGAGAAUGAGGAAGCAGAGCUAUUGAGUCCCAUCCCUGAGGUGUUAUCAUCAGAGGAGAAGAUGGUGAACCCAGAUUCCCAGAAGAGGAAGAGCAUUAGAAACCUGGAUGUGGAGGCUGCUGGGAUCAAUAACUUGUCUCCUAGGCAAAGGUUCCCAGAUGCUACCGAUGUCCAUUGCAGCGGGUCACCUCUUAUGACCUACUGAUCUGUGAUUCGCUCUGCAGCUAGGGUGUAACGAUUCCGCUUUAACAUUUCCUUUUGGCUGUGUUUGUCUUUACGGUUUCAAGGAUCUUCUUCUUCUUCGUCUUCUUCUAUCUCGGUUGUGUUACUACGACUGCAACAGCUACAUAAUGUAGGUUUUUGAUCAACCAGAAGUAAUGCUUAUAUCAACCAGAAAAAUUGAGUGGACCAAGAUAUGUUUGU